AUGCGGAUUAACAUUAUCUCUUUGAUGGCUCUGGCUGCUACAGCUGCAGGUCUCACUGUCACCUCCCCAAGGAUUGGUGAAAAGAUUGACCCCGAUUUACCCCUUACUAUCAAGUGGCAAGCCGUGUCAACGGACCCAGAGACCUUUAGCAUCGAACUGGUCAAUCAAAAUGUCUACCCCCCGACAACAACAAUUGUGGCAGAAGAUAUAGACUCUUCCAAGGGCUCCUACACUGUCAAAGCAAAGACUUUCACGGACGUAGACGACGGGAAGGGAUAUCAGAUCAACUUCCUCUCUCCGACCAGUGGCAUUCUGGCUCAGUCUCAGCAAUUCCGAGUCACUGAGCCUGGUGAAAUUGCUAGUAGUGCUAGUAGCUCUGGUAAGGAAACCAGCACUGCGCUUGAAACUUCGUCUGCCUCGUCCUUGAUUUCUUCCACCGCGUCGACCAGUGAUCUUACUUCUUCGACUCCUUCUUCCUCGACUGCUUCCUCUUAUCUGUCUUCGACUGCUACUCACUCCUCCAUCAGUGCGUCUACCCCUACCUCGUCCUAUCAUUCUACUGCUUCAUCUUCUAUUCACCCCUACAACAUCUUCUUUUAUAACUAG